GUUGUCAGCAGUGGGGCUAGAUCCAAAUAACACAACAUAUGUUGUGGCUUAUGCUAUGGUGGAGAUGGAGUCCAAGGAUUCCUGGGAUUGGUUUCUGAGACUAUUGAGCAAGGAUCUGAAUAUUACUGGUGAAGGCAAUGGGUUCACUUUCAUUUCUGACAAGCAGAAGGGGCUAUUGCCUGCAUGUGAAGAAGUUCUCCCUCUAGCAGAUCACAGAUUCUGUGUCAGGCACCUUUGGACCAACUUCAACAAACUGUUUCCAGGGAAGGUGAUGAAGGACCAACUUUGGGCUAUUGCUAAAUCCACUACAAUGGCUUAUUACUGGAAGGAACUGGUACUUAUGAAACAAAUGGAUCCUGGAGCAUAUGACUGGUUAACUGAUCCUAGACGAAACCCUACGCACUGGUGUAGAGCUCACUUUGGCAACAUUCUGAAGUGUGAUGUGCUUCUGAACAACCUAUGUGAAAGUUUUAAUGCUUUCAUCCUGCCUGCUAGAUCCAAGCCAGUAAUUUCUUGCUUUGAAGACAUCAGGGUUAAGAUGAUGAAGAGGAUUGCAAUGAGGAGAGAGAAGAUGAGUAAAGUUUUAGACCCAAUUUGCCCUAGGCCUAGGGAAAUUUUGGAGAAGAACAAGACUAGGUCUGCCACAGAUUGCAUACCAUAUGGGUCUGGCAGCCACCAAAUUGAGGUUGAAAGCAUUGGAGGCAGCAAGUAUGUGGUGGAUCUAGAGAGAAGAACCUGUGCUUGUAGGAGAUGGGAUAUAACUGGUAUUCCUUGCAAGCAUGCCAUAUCUGCAAUCAACUUCAUGAGACACAAGCCUGAAGACUAUGUGGAUGCUUGCUACCUGACAAAUACCUACAUGGCCAUAUACUCUCACACAGUCAAGCCAGUCAAUGGGAUGGACUUGUGGAUUCCAAGUGAUGAACUUGCCAUUCUCCCACCACAGUACAACAGACAGCCUGGUAGGCCAAGGACCAAAAGAAUCAAGGACUCAUCUGAGAAGGAUACUGAAGGUCCCAAGCUUGGAAGGGUUCAGAAAUCAUUGAAGUGUAGCAACUGUGGGGUUUUGGGACACAAUGUCACGACUUGCCAUAGGCACCUUCCACCCAAGGAAAGAGCAACAAAGAAGAGCAAGCUAAACACAGGAGAGGCAUCAUCAACUAGAGCUCAGGCUAAAGGUACCAGAAAGCAUGUGAAGACAAAGAAUGAGCUUAGAGCAAAUGCAAAGCUCAAAGCUGAAAAUCUGAAGAGAAAGAGAGAUGCAAAAAAGGCAGCCAAAAAACCAUCAACUGAAUCAGCAGCCACAUAUGGUACAGCCAAAGGCAGACCACCAAAAGCAUCAUCAAGCAAGAGUAAAUCUGCUUCUGCACAGGCUUCAUCAAGGUCCUCUGUAAGGAUCCGAGAAAAUGCAAAGAAUGCUGGGAAAUAGGUGAAUGUUCUGUAAAUGGGAUUGGCAACCGAGGUUAGGAUUUAGAGAUGCAUGUUGCCAUAUUUUGUGCAACCUUGUGCUGUGUAUGCAAGGUUGCUAGGUCUAAUCUUUUGC